AUGACACCUACUCCAGUUCCUUCAAACAAGCCACUUCAAGAAAACCAACAACCAUAAUUCUAGCCAGCCCUCUUUAGAUAACCCUAAACAUACUAGCCUUUAUAGACAGUAGCCCCUAUCUAGUAUUAACCUUACAAUGCCCCUUUGGCAUAUAGUGUUGCCGCACCUGUUUAACCUGUUGUUUAAUAGAUUGUUGCUCCUCAACCAAUAUUGGCUCAAUCUUACCUACCUUAACCUGUAUAACAAUCAUAAACCAUCAAGGGAGAAUCAAGAAUUGAAUAUAUCCCUUAUUAGAGAGCAAUAACUGAGUACGAAGAAUAAGAAGUUGUGCAAUAUGUUCCAAGGGAAAGAAAAGUGACUGAAUAUUACACUGUUGAAUAUCAAACUGAAUACAUUCCUUAGGUUUUCUAAGAGAAAUAUACAGAAUAUGUACCUGUUGACAGAUAUUAGGAAAGAGUUGAAUACUAUCCAGUUGAAAGAUAAGUGGUACAUUAAUAAGUUGCCUAAUAACCCGUUUAAGUUGCUUAAUAACCAAUUCAGGUUGUAUAAUAACCAGUUUAAAUGUAUUAAUAACAAGUUCAGGUUGUUUAAUAACCAAUUUAAGUUGUUUAAUAACCAGGUUAAGUGUAUUAAUAACCAGUUUAAACCGUUCCAUUAGCAUAUGGCCAGUAAUAUGCUUCCCCUAUCAUUUCUUCCAGAUUGAUCCCAGGCUAUCAACCUUAAUAAUAUUUACCAGCUCCUUAAAUAGUAUAACCAUAAGUUCCGCCCAAAUAUAAUUUAAAUAGCAAUAUCUGA